CUGUUCUCUCUCCACAGCUUCUCAGUCACUGCUUCUGCUCCAAGAACCAAUUGUAAAGAUCCUGCCACACCCACCAAAAUGAAUGGGAUCAUCAUUUAUGAGCAUAUAAACUUCCAUGGUAAAUCCAAAGAAUUCACUUGUGACAUCGCUGACUUGAAGCCCGUAGGGUGGGACCACUGUGUCUCCUCUGUAAAGGUCACUGGCCAACCCUGGGUGGCCUAUGAGCAUCCUAAUUAUUCAGGCAAGUUCCUGGUGUUUGAGGAAGGUGAAUACAACUUUGUUGGUAAAGAUAUGAAUGACAAGAUCAGUUCUCUCAAGCUGAUUACUGAAAACCUGAAUAAUCCCAAGAUCACCCUGUAUGAACAUGCCAACUAUGAAGGGGAGAUCAAGGUGGUAACAGAAGCAACUAGUCUGAGCAAGGGAUCUUUCAAUGACCGAGUGUCUUCCCAUAAGGUACAGAGCGGUGCCUGGCUAUUGUGUGAACAUGAGGAUGGAAGUGGCUUGAAUUAUGUUGCCCGGAAAGAUGAACAGCUUCUAAACUAUGAAUCGAUCGAUUUCAAUGACAAGCUUUCAUUUUUGCGUCCCCUGAGAGCUGGCUUGUGCUAGUUCCGAAGGGCUGCAGAGCCUGCCAUCCUGCGGUGCCAUUGAUCGGCUGAGCCUCUACAGGGAGGUGCAGAGUUAGAGCUCUGCCCAUGCUUGCACUUCAUUGCUCCACACACCACAGAAUCAGUGAAUUUGGGAAAGCGCAGCUCAUCCUGUGCAUUGCUUUAUAACCUGGUAUCCUGCUGUUUGUCCCCCAAGGCCGUGCCAGAACUUCCUCCCGGACCUCACCCUCCCAGUCU